AUGGCAGCCGAACUAAAAGCAAGCGACUACUCCGUUGGUUGGAUAUGCGCCAUCCCCAUAGAAUUGGCCGCCGUGCUCGCGAUUCUCGAUGAAACUUAUCCCCAGCUCGACGCCGCCGAUGACGAUACCAACCUCUACAGGUUUGGCAGAAUAGGCAAACACAAUGUCGUGAUCACGUGGCUUCCGUCAGGGCGAUACGGGGUAGCCCAAGCCGGUAUCGUCGCCGCUCGCAUGUGCUUAACCUUCUCAAAGCUAAGAUUCGGUUUGAUGGUUGGCGUAGGGGGAGGGGCGCCUACUGAGGAUAACGAUAUUCGUCUCGGCGACCUAGUUAUCAGUCAUCCAACGGGUAUAUCUGGGGGUGUCAUUCAAUACGAUUUCGGGCAAGCAAUGGAAAACGGGGAGUUUCUGCAAACCGGCUCGCUGAGCGCGCCUCCGUCUAUUCUGUUGCGCGCGAUAGCAUCUCUCAGGGCCGAGGACCAGGCAAAGCUAAGCCAGAAAAUCUCCGAAAUCGCCCAAGGAAUUGAGGAAAACGACCCCAAGUUUCAAUAUCCCGGGCAAGAAACCGACAUACUAUUCCGCGCCGAGUACAAUCAUGUCCCUGGCGAAGGGCGCCAGCGCGACACAUGCAAGUCUUGCGAUGCUUCCAAAGUAGUUCCUCGUUCGGAACGGGAGCACGAUCACCCAUACAUCCAUUACGGGAUCAUAGCAUCUGGGAACCAAGUUAUGAAAGAUUGUAUGAAAAGAGAUAGAAUCAGCGAGAAAACAGGUGCUCUCUGCUUCGAAAUGGAGGCGGCUGGCUUGAUGAAUGAUCUCCCAUGCUUGGUGAUUCGAGGAAUAUGCGACUACUCGGACGGGCAUAAGAACAAACGCUGGCAACAGUACGCUGCACUGGUUGCAGCUAUAUACGCGAAGGAAUUGCUUCUCCAGAUACCAGCAGUUAGCAAAGACGAAACCGAUGGUGCCGAUACACAGCGAGAGAACAUCAACGAGAUCAACUUUAUCAUCCCGUUCCAUAUGCCCUUUCUUCGAAACAAUAAUUUCGUUGGCAGGGUCGAAAAGCUGGAAGAAGUUCAUGAAUAUUUCUCAGGCCCGGGCUUUAUGGAUACCCUCCGUAUCUUCGCACUAGUCGGGACUGGUGGAAUGGGUAAGACGCAAACUGCUCUCGAGUAUGCUUAUCGUCACCAUCGCGACUACACGGCUAUUUUCUGGAUUUCUGCGGUCAGCGAAACCACGAUUCGUGCUUCUUUUAUCGAUGUUAUGCAGCGCAUUGUCAAAGAGCAGGCUAGAGUAACGUGGCCUGAGUCUCCCCCCGAUUAUCAAGCUAUAAGCUCGAAACUCGGAAUACCAGGAUUGAUUGACGAAAAAGGCACAGUCAGUGCCAAUCUGGAAGCGUUCGAUAACAUACGAUCAGCCGUAUUCAGCUGGUUGCAGCUGCCCGGUAAUAAUAGAUGGUUGCUAAUUAUCGACAACGCGGAUGACCUGGAGACCUUUAGUAUAACGGAAUAUUUUCCAAAUCAAGGCAGCGGGGACAUCUUCAUUACGAGUCGUAGACCAGAGUUUUCACAGAGCGCAAGACAGGUAGAUUUAGACGGUUUAGAUAGUAGGAGUGCGAUUACGCUUCUAUUGAACCUGGCGAACUUGACAGACUCAGAAGUUCCUGAAAAUGAGGCAACUGCACUUGUGGAAAAGUUAGGCUUUAUGCCUCUUGCUAUCAGUCAUGCAGGCUGUUACAUUAACGAGACGAAGCUCCCAUUAGAAGACUAUUUGUCACAUUACGGCAAAACCUUCAAGGCCGUUCAAUCCAGAAAACCAAGAUUCGGAUGGAAUUACCGGAAUGAUACGGCUGUGACAACAUGGGAGGUUUCAUUUUCGAAGAUAAAGGAGCAAGAUGAAGAGGCUGCACUAUUAUUACUAGUAUGCUCCUAUCUCAAUCCCGAGGAAAUUUUCAACAAUCUAUGGGAGAAUAACGUGCUAGAAAAAUUAGAAAUUCAAGAAAUAGUUCUACUGCUUGCGUCGUAUUCGCUUGUCAAGAUAGUAAAGUUCGGGGUUUUCUCGGUUCAUCCGGUCGUCCAUUCGUGGGCGCGAGAACGUUCAGAUCCAUCAGAACGUUUCAAAGCUAUAAAAUACGCUAUAAAUAUUCUCGGAAACGCCAGCGUUCGGAAAAAUGUAUUACGGGAGAGCAAGGAGUGGGAAGCUCGGGAGGAGAGAAGACUCGCAUCUCACCUGGAAUAUCUCCACCAAUAUUUAAAACCUCUAUUCUCUGCAUUUUUUCAGGGAGAGUGGGAGUUUGAAAACCAAAUUUUGUUUGAUCAUGUUUACAACAUCGCUUUAGUCUUCUUCAGGCAAGGCAAAUACGACGAGGCUAUGCAAUGGUACGAGCGAGCACUUGCUAGCUGCAAAAAGGUCUUGGGCAAAGAUUACCCUUAUGAGAAAGUUUUGGGCAAAGACCACCCGUCAACACUCGACACAGUCCACAAUAUCGCCGUAGUCUUCGACAAGCAAGGCAAAGACGAGGCUAUGCAGUGGUACGAGCGAGCACUUGCUGGCAAAGAGAAGGCCUUGGGCAAAGAUCACCCGUCAAUACUCGACACAGUCCAUAAUAUCGCCGUAGUCUUCUACAAGCAAGGCAAAGACGAGGCUAUACAGUGGUACGAGCAAGCACUUGCUAACUACAAAAAAACCUUGAACAAAAAUCACCCGUCAACACUCAACACAAUCCAUAACAUCGCCGUAAUCUUCGAUAAUUAA